AUGCCAGAGUGGGGCGUAGAACUCCGCGGCAUUAGGGCUACUGCAGCUGCGGUUCGGUGCCGUCAUGAACUCACGCAGACUGAAGUAGACACGUUCAUCAAGCACAUCGAUCACGACGACGUCCUGUUGGCGUAUGCAGCCAAAGAAGAGCUGCGGAAGGUCCUCGUGGACGGCGGCAUCGUCGAGACGCAAUGCGUGACUCGUGUCAUCAUCGCUCUUUCGACGAUACCAGCGACGGGGUGGGGACGAGAGGCCAGCGGGUUCCGCUUCCAGUUGCUGCGGCAGCUCCUGACUGUGCAAACUGUGGAGCUGUUGGGAGAAGACGACCGAGACAAUCAGUCAGAAUGUGGCCUGGCGUUCCCGUAUCGACAGGCAGUUGCAGCCACGAUACGACAGGUGGGGGCCAUGGUGCGCAGUGUCUUCUUGCCAGUCGACGGCUCCGGAGAAGGUCUCGAGGUCACGCGAGCAACAGCCGCUCCGGACUCGGUGCAGUACGAGGCGCUUGCGCUGAUGAGCGACAUCGUCAAACGCGUCUGCCACUUGGAGAGCACCGAUCACUUUCGAGUCGCACUGGGCAAAGUCGUGAUAGCACUCGUCGACGACGUUUGCAUGGCAAUGGACUACGCGAGUCAACCGACUUUUGUAUCCUGUGCAGUCUUGAAGCUGCUCGGCGAUUUUCAAGCGCUCGCGACUUCGUGGCUUGGCCUAGAACAGGAAGAUGACGGUGGCAAACGGGACGCGAGCGGUCUCGAAGCUGUGUAUGCGCAGUGGCUUGAGACGUGUCUAGCGUGGUCGGUGCAGUCGGCCUGCACGUCCACGGCACUGCAGCUGCUCCAUGCAGACGAAAGCCAAACAGUGAGCGGCCAAACGGCAUUCGUUGCAAGCUCGGGACGGUACCCCUUUCUGCAGCAAUGGCUUCUUUGCGUAAGUCGAGUGGGAGCUGCAUGGAUGGAAGAGUCGCUGCGGAGACGGUGUGCUGAUGCGGAGACGUGGCGACUACCGGCUGCGAAGGACGCGUUGCACUGCCUGUCGGAACAGCAAGUGAGUCGGAAGCAAGUCUGGACGGUACUGGUUGAGCAAGACGACACGAUGGUUGAAGUUCUCCAGAACCUUACACGGAUGACAACGUGUGCAAGUCACCCCGUCCUUGCUCAAUCGUACCCGUCAGUUGCUACUUACCUAGCGGCAGAAUUCGACCCGGACCUGCUGUUUGCGGAUCUAGUAGAGACGCUUGGAUGGGACCAUUCAGUGCUGCUUGACCUCCUCGUGUCCGAUGAAACGCAAAUGCUCAGGUACAUCGUGCAAUACUUGCGACGUCUCAACACACAGUGGAGGACGAGUAAGCAAAAGCUGCAGGCUUGUCAGCGACUGGAAGGUGUGAUGAGCGUGCUCAUCCGACUGCGACUUGACAUCGAUCGACUUGCUGCUGCUGAUUUAUUCCCCUAUCGUGCUGGACCUCUCACGAGGCGGUUGGUGGCAAUCGAACAGCUUUACGAAGAAACAAAGUGA